CCCCCGAUUUAACCACUCACCCACCGGUUAAACCAAUAACCCGUUGACCCACCUCCUUCGCCGGGUUCCUUCCUGGGUUGGGUUUAAUAACUAUGGAUUAAACUAAAUCAAUUCAAAUUGGCAAAAAUCUAUCACUCUCUCCUCCCUCUGCGUCCUCAAGAAGAAGCACCAGUAGCUGCAGCACCCCUCUUUCUCCAAUCUCACAUACUUUCAAUCCAAAUCCGAAUUUCAUGAUGUUAUUCUUCAUCAAACCCAGAAUAAUUACAGCCCUUUUGCUCUUUCUCGUCGUCUCAAUCUCCCUGCAAACUUGUCAGGUCAAUUCCCAGUGCAGCAAAGGCUGUGACUUAGCUUUAGCCAGCUACAACGUCUGGCAAAACUUAAACCCCACCAUAAUCGCCCAACUUUUCAGCGUCCCAACUUCCACUCUCAUCACCUGGAACCCGGUCAGCAUCCCAGACGAGGAUACAGUCCUUGAAGGGACGAGAGUAAACAUCCCAUUUCCUUGUGACUGCAUCAAUGGGAAUUUGCUAGCUCAUGUCUUCAAUUGCAGUGUUUCAUCGGGGGAUACUUAUGAUAUAAUUGCGUCCCACUUUUACGCGAAUUUAACGAGUACCACUUGGUUGCGGAGGUUUAAUAGUUAUCCAGAGAAUAAUAUCCCAGAUACUGGAGUUCUGAAUGUUACUGUGAAUUGUUCUUGCGGGAAUAAGGCGAUUUCCAAGGAUUAUGGGUUGUUCAUAACUUGGCCGAUAGAGGUUGGGGAUACUUUGGAGUCUGUAGCUGCUGCUAAUAAUUUGAGUGCUGAUUUGAUCAGCAGGUAUAAUCCAACGGCAAAUUUUACUGCUGGGAGUGGUCUGUUGUUCAUCCCUGGAAGGGAGCCGGAAGGAGCUUUUUUUUUUCUUUCUUCUGUUUUGUCAGGGAGAGAGCCGGUGGUUCAAUCUUCUCAUAUUGGAUCAGGAUUGUCAGGUGGAGCUAUAUCUGGGAUAUCUCUUGCAGUAGUUGGAGUGUUUUUUUUUGCAGCUUGCGGGUAUCUUCUUGUUUACAGAAAGAGGAAGGCAGAGAAAAUAUCACUUAAAGAUCAAUUUGAGCAACCUGCUUCUGAUAAUGCAGCUAAAGCUCCAGAGUCUGUUAAUGAUGCUAAAAGGGAUUCUCCAGGCCUUGGUGGAGUAGUUGUUGAGAGAUCUUUUGAGUUCUCGUAUGAAGAGCUUGCAAUAGCUACUAAAGGUUUCAGUUUGGCUAAUAAGAUAGGCGAAGGCGGCUUUGGCUCUGUUUAUUAUGCUGAGCUUGGGGGCGAGAAAGCGGCAAUCAAGAAAAUGGACUUGAAAGCAAAAAGAGAAUUUGUUGCUGAACUUAGGGUUUUAACACAUGUACAUCAUCAGAACCUGGUGCGCUUAAUUGGAUAUUGUGUGAAGGGUUCCCUUUUUCUUGUAUAUGAGUACAUUGACAAUGGAAACUUGAGCCAGCAUCUUCGAGGAUCAGGGUGCGACACACUGUCGUGGUCCAGCAGGGUGCAGAUUGCAGUGGAUUCAGCAAGAGGUCUUGAGUACAUUCAUGAGCAUACUAUUCCUGCCUACAUCCACCGUGACAUUAAAUCAGCAAACAUUUUGAUAGAUAAAGAUUUUCGUGCCAAGGUUGCAGAUUUUGGUUUAGCAAAAUUGGCUGAGGUCGGAGGUUCAUCUUUGCAAUCACAUCUUGUGGGUACAUUUGGCUACAUGGCACCAGAGUAUGCCAAUUGUGGUACUGUUUCUCCUAAAGUUGAUGUCUAUGCCUUUGGUGUUAUGCUUUAUGAACUAAUUUCAGCUAAGGCAGCUGUAGUUGAUGGAGGCUCUACUACUGAUACUAAGGGCCUUGUUGGUUUGUUUGAACAAGUUCCCAUAAUACCGGAUUCAAAUGAUGAUCUUCGCAAACUGGUUGACCCGAGACUUGGGGAUAAUUACCCAAUCGAAUCAGUCAGCAAGAUGUUUCAGCUAGCCAAACUUUGCACACAUAAAAAACCUGAAUCAAGGCCGAGCAUGAGAUCUGUUAUCGUUGCAUUAAUGGCAUUAUCAUCCCCCAAAAAGGAUUCUAAGAUUUUUGUUCCUCAUUUAGAAACUGAGAUCUUGAAAUACGAGUAUUCCAUGAUCAAGUCUAUGGAAACUGAAGUUCUGGGAUCUGAGACUUUUACAGUUACAUCUGUGGAAUCUGAGGCUUAUACAAUAGAAGAAGGAAUUGAGGAUUAA